GUUUAGGGCAGUGGUUCUCAAACUUUUCAAGUCGCGACCCACCAGAAUAAUCUGGUGGUUUGGGACCCCCCCCAUCCUUCGCGAGCGAGGGAAAGAGAAGCUGCUUUCAGACAUGCACUGAAGUCUGGACAUUUUCCUGAACUUCUCCAGUAACCAAGGAUGCAGAUGUCUGCUUAUGUUGCUCCAGACAUUGUCCUGGACAUGUAUUGCUAAAGACUUGAGACUUGUUUGGGACUCUUGAGAGACUUCAUUUUUUCUUGGUUUCUACCAUACAGACAAAAGAACAACAUCCUAGAAAGGAAAAGCAAAGAGAGCACUCAAGAUAGACAAACACAAAGACCGUUGAGGCAGCCAUGGAGGAGACAAAUAACCAAAUGCAAGCCCCCCAUCGCUAAGAUGAACAAUCAAGCAGACCAGUAUUUCAGUCCAAAGUCCUGCAGAGGCUUUACCCUGCAGCUCCCACGUCGGAGAAGGAAACCAGUCCAACACGCAUUGUAGAGGCUCUAGCCAAGAAAACCUAUGUGAAAAGAAAGGCCACUCAAAACGACACUGCUGCUGGAGAUGCGGCGCCGACACAGAGUGCAGCCAAUCCUCGCGCACGGAUGUACACGGUCCUACCUCCUCCUGCAGACUACGAGAAACAUUCGGAGGGAUCUGUCCCACUCUCUCAACAAGAAAGUGUAAACAGCGCAGAGGACCCAGCUGGCCCCCCAAAAGUAGAGAUGCAUAUGAAGAGUGUAACGGAGACCAACCACGAUCUCACUAUUUUGUUGUCCGCAGAAGACAGCGUCCAUGAGAGCAAUGAAGAACUAGAUCAGGAUAAGGAGGUGCGAGAAGAGCAGAAAAGAAAAAGGAAGAGGAGGAAAAGGAAACCAACUCUUCACGAAGCCUCUGGGCGAGUUGGUGCCGGCGCAGGCGAGAGUCGGACCGUGGCUGUGGCUGAGGGAGGAGAGCACAUGAGCAGGAACAAGAAGAGGAAGCUGAAGAAGAAACGGCACAAAGAGAAGCUGCUCUCCAUGGGUGUGGUGCCCCGAGCUGCCGCCCUGGUUUUCACGUACCAAAAAGAUGGGGAGGAGGAGGAGGAGGAGGAGGAGGAGGAGGAGGAGGAGGAUAAUGAGAGGAGAGCUGCUGAGGUGUCCGACUUCCUCAGGACAACACUGGAAAUCUAUUUGUCGGAAUCCAAAUUGCACGGUGACCAGCUUUCUCUCCUGUCCGGCACGGUGGACGACCUCCUGAGCCGCAUAUCCGGCGGAUGUGCCGCCCUGAGCCCGGUCCUGAAGCAGCUCUACAGCCUCAAGGCCUCUGUUCAGCAGAAGGAGGCGGACAAACUGGAGGAGGCACUGAAGGAGCUCCGCGGAGGUUCGAGUAUGUCUGCAGAGGAAACCGCUGCCGUCGUUUCCCUGUUCCAAUACUGGAUCACAGACGUUCUUCCCAUGCGGGCCGACAAGACGACAGAACCCUCCAGCACACACCCACGAGACUGUCAGUCACAGUGAAACAGAGACGCCGCUGAAGGAUUACUUCUAUCACCAAAAACUUUCUUCUUCUAUACUGGAUUGCAAAAUGUCAGGCUUAAGAUGCUGUGUGAAAUACUUUUUUUUAAAUUAUUAAAUAUCUCUGCUUCUGA